GCUGCUGCCCUCCGUCCUCUGACCGGCCGCCUCUCGCUUCCACUUUAUGGGGGAGUUGUUUUCAGGACCGCUAACAGCUCACAGAGACGAUCAUUAGAGGGAUGUGAGGACGUGUUGAGAGGGGACGGAGAGAGUGAAGCACAGAGCGGAUCUGGAAUCAGGAAAGUUGGAGCUGAGCUGCUGAGAGGAGCAGGUGGAUCCACGACUUCUCCUCUGAACGCUCGCUGCCCAGACGCUGGGAUGCAUCUCUCGCUGGACAGCAUGAGCAUGGUGGACGACAGCUGCCUCUCGCCCGGCAACUUCCACGAGCUGGGGAAAGGGGGGGGGGCCGCGGUGGGGGGCCGCGUCCACAGCAUUGAUGUCAUCCUGGGGUUCAGUAAGGAGCAGGACUCUUUGUUGAGUCCCGCCGGGGCCCCGGGGCCCCCCAAAGCCGGCAUCGAGGGCCUGGCCCAACACGGGAAGCAGCAGCAGGAGCCCCCCCCCACACCCGUCCUACAGCGGGCAGCGGGGGGGCGGCGCCCAGCAGCAGCACCGCGUGAUGAGGACUUGGGAGAGCUGAGGAAGAGCAUAGAGAGCGAUGAUGGCAAGUCCCCAGAGUCCUGCAAGGAUGAUCAGCCCAAGAAGAAACACAGACGGAACCGCACCACCUUCACCACCUACCAGCUGCACGAGCUGGAGCGUGCCUUUGAGAAGUCGCACUACCCAGACGUGUACAGCCGGGAGGAGCUCGCCAUGAAGGUCAACCUCCCCGAGGUCCGCGUCCAGGUUUGGUUUCAGAAUCGCAGAGCUAAAUGGCGUCGGCAGGAGAAAAUGGAUGCGAGCACAAUGAAGCUGCACGACUCCCCGAUGCUUUCCUUCAACCGCCCCGCCCCAGUCCACACCGGCAUGGGUCCCAUGACCAACUCUCUCCCGCUGGACCCCUGGCUGUCCUCUCCUCUGUCCAGCGCCACUCCGGUCCACAGCAUCCCGGGCUUUAUGGGCCCGUCCCAAGGCCUCCAGCCCAGCUAUCCGAGCCACGGAUUCCUCAACGCUGCUCCCCACGCCUCUCACCCCCACCCUCACCCCCACCCUCACCCCCACCCCUCCGUGGGCCAGGGGAUGCAGAGCAUGGCCCCCCCUCCCUACCAGUGUGCGGCCCAGUACACUGAUAAGUAUCCUCUGGAGGACGUGGACCAGCGCAGCUCCAGUAUCGCAGCCCUGAGAAUGAAAGCCAAGGAACACAUCCAGUCAAUGGACAAGACCUGGCAACCCAUG